AUGUCCCUGGGACUACCUGGAGGUGUAUGCCUUCCCUCCAUUUUGUUUGAUCCAGCAAGUCCUGAACAGGUUGAUGAGUUUGCAGAGUCUCAGGAGGAUGACACUGGUAGCCCCUCUGUGGCCGCAGGCAGAAUGUUUUCCAGAUCUGCUGUUGUUGUCGGAGGUACCAAGGGAGAUUCCUCCGUGGCUGCAUCUUCUUUGUUAGCCACACAGAAAGAUUCCACCAGUCAGGAUGAGAAAGGCUUGUUUGUUUCCGCCAUUAGAGGCUACAGGGCGGCCCAAAGGUAUUUCAAAAAUGGUGUUUGUCGAAAAGGAGAUAACUGUCGAUUUUCACAUGAUCCCAAUGACAAGCCUUCAAUGAUUUGUCGUUAUUUUUUAAAAGGAGCGUGUAACUAUGGUGAGAAAUGCAGGUAUGAGCACCAACAGCCAUCGUAUCUUGUUCCGCAAUAUUUUGGUUCUGGGCCAGGUUCAGCCACAUCACAGGACGGAUUAAAUCUUACCACGUCCAUUGGUAGUGGUAUUGAUGCUGUAACUAAAUCUAGUCAACCCAGUGUCAUUGGUACCAGCAUGGUAACGGGUAAUGAACCCACCACUCAACCAGUACCAAUUUUGUCUCCAAGUGCAAUACCACAUACGUCAAGUGCCAGUGGUGUGGCAAAUGCACAAGAAAUGAUUCGACUUGUUGAUCUACAUAUUACAAAUUUCGUUGGAAUGAUUUUAGAUGCCAAUAACGUACCUCAUGACUUACCUGUUGUUGCCAAUGGAAAACGUUUAAGUAUAGAAGACGCUAGAAUGAGUGGUUUGAAUCUUUAUAAGGUCAUUAUGAAUAUCGGGAGCGCCAUUUUCAGAUGUGGAAAUCAACCCACACAUCAAGCCCUGCAGGAAUUAGGCCAAAUAAUCUUAAACUUCUGGGCUGAAGCAAAGCAGCCCUGUCCAAAUUUGGUUUUUACUGUUGAUGAUUUAGCCCAGGUAUUUUUAACUCCCAAUGGACGACAGUUUCUCGACUUAACUUCACGUCAGCUACAGCAUUUACUUGUUAUGCUUAAGGCUGUUUUACAGAUAUAGGGCACUAUAAGCCAGUGUCAAACUAAUCUUUUUAUUGUGGAGGGUAAAAUUUAUAGGACCCGAAUUAUUAAAUUGAUGUGUGUUCCUCAAGUCAUUGUAAUUUUGCCUUUUUUCUGUAAACAAAAUCACUUCAUUAUUGUAUUGAUCAUGUUAAAAAGUUGUUUACAUUGGUAGCAGUUAUUUGUAAUAAUUUCUUAGUCAGUCCAGGUAGUAAUUUAAUUAGUUAUUUACUGGAACAGCUUCCAACUCAGUCCUCAUUUUAUCUUGUCAUUACUAUGAAAUAGAAGUGGAUUAGAGAAAAAAUUGACCAUAGCAGCAAAUUUCCUUCUCUUGGACUUGUCUUUCUGAAAAGGUAUACUAUACUUGAAAUUCAUUUCUACAAGUAUGACUUCUGAAAUCUGGUUUUAAUAGAUGACUAGGUAGUCAUUUAUGUGGUUAUUAUAACUUUGCAUUUGGUAAUUGACUUUGAGUUGGAACAGCUUUUGGUGUCUCAGUUUUUAAAAAGAUUAUUUGCCUAUUUAAGACCAACAUAUGCUGUGUUUAUUGAAGGGUAGUCUUGCAGAUUUUGACAGCAGUAUGGCUGUUUGUUAGAUUCAUUCCAUUACAUGUCAUUACAUUGGAUUUAACUCUAGAAUUUUUGGAAUAGAAUUGGAUCAUUACAUGAAAAUUGGGAAAGGCUUGAUAUUUCACUUUUUUAAUAAUUCAUAUUCCUGUGUAUUUUUUUAUUCUCUGUUGUUACUGUUAUGGUACUAUAAUUCACAAGAGAAAUAUUGAGGAUUACAGAAAUAAAUAUCUCUGCAAGAUCUUAUCGCAAGAUAAUUGUUAUAUUAGCUUGAUUAAGUUCAGGGCAUUUUGUAACUUAUAAAACACUGUUUCUUUUACAUAAAGUUCUUAGUUGUUUUUGAGAAAUGGGAGUUUUUCAUAUAUUUUCUAUUUUACCAGAUUUUUAUUUAUUUCCAGCACAAAUUGAGUCAGCUUUUUCUGAUGAGUACUUGGUCAUAGAAACACUCUUUGAAGGCCAGAACAUUAAAAUAAUUUCAUACCUUAGGUCCCUGACAGGAAAUCCUUAACAAGGUAUAGUGCAUAACAUAAUUAAGAGUGAACAGCAUAGAUUGUCCCAAAUAACUACACCCAGACAUAAAUAUUAUUCAAUUUUGAAAUGAAAUACCAAAUCAUAAUUUUGGAUUUACAAAAAAGUUCACUAUAAAUUAAGCCAUAUAGUACUUAAGAGCAAUGAAAUUUAGGAUGUGAAGGUAUUCAUAAAAUGUAGGGAACAGGUUGCAAAUGGUAAAGUCAAUUCAAAAGUAAGAGAACUGAUAUUAGUCUUAUUGUAACAUUAAUGGAAAUGCAAGCUUUCAACAGAUAUCAUAUGCUUGAAGCUAGAGACAAAGGUCCAGUAAAAUGUAACUUGUGCUAAACAUAAUAUAGCAGUAAAGUAUUAUACUGUAGCCUUUAAUGGGUUAGAAAAUUGGAAUCGGGUGUAGCUAGUCAAUUGGCCUACAGACGACCCCUGGUAUUUGCACCACGAUCCCUCCCCCCCUGAGUAGCUAAAAUACAUGAAUACUUGUAACCCUUCAAAAAAUAACUAUAACUGCCUAUUUUAAUAGUUCAGACACCAGAAAAACCCCUCUUAAAAAAAUACUCAUACUUGAGAAUUUGAUAGUUUUAUCACAAAAAACUGCAAGUACGUAGUCACAAAAAUAAUAUGAAAAUACAGAAAUUAGUGACUAUUUCUCUAUGAAAAAUACUGCUAGGGGAAUUUUCGUGAAUAAUAUGCAUUAAUAUAUGUUCCAUAGAAAAAUCAGGGAAUGGUUGAGUCUGCAAAUCCAGAACUACGAAUAGGCAGGGAUUGACUUUAUAUGUAAAAGAAAAUUUUAUGGAAUUUACAAUGGCUACUUUACCUUUGUUAACUAGAACUAAAUAUGAGAUAUACACAAAGAAGAUAAUUUAGUGAUAUGUAUCAUUAACAUUUCCACACCCGGCAUCUCUCUAUAGGAUUAGACAUGCAAUGUUUCUUUGCAUGUUUUGUCUGAAUUUUCAUCUGGUUCAAGUUUUCCUCUUUAUCCUUUUUUCCUGAAUUUCUGGGUCAUCUUACUGGUCUGCAUCUGUAUACCUUCUUAUCCAGUAAUGAAUUUUUCAAUAAAAGAGCCAAGUCACUGAUACAUAUAUAUGUAUAUAGUAUGGGAAAAUUUUAAACACACGUUAGACUAACUAUAUCAUACAGUAUCUUUGAAAAUAGGCAGUCUAUAUAGAGUGCUCAUUCAUUAUUGUUAGACUGAUGCAAAGAUUUAAUUGCAUUACCCCUCAGAUUAAGAAAUAAAUGUAUUGUCCAAUAGAGCUGUAGGUAGGUUCUAUGAGUUGUUAAUGAUGAACCAAAAGGUGAAGAUGCAGUUAUAUAGUUGAAAUAAAUGUAGAUUUUAAUAGUAUUGUUUAUCAUAGUUGCACUCAUAUCUUGCAUCGCCACUUGCACUGGCCAUACCAAGAAUCAGUUUAAAAUAAGUAUCUCUUCCUCUCCUUCAUACAUCAAACAAAAUCAUAAUCUCCCAAGAAAGCAUACAUGUGUAUCAAGCAAUAUUCCUGCUUGUGGAAGUGAUGUGCUGAGAGUAGUUUCUGGAAGCCAAGCAUUGGUAAUACAAUCAUGACGUAGUUUGUUGUGGACAGGCUUGUAUUACAUUAUGAGCUCAACAUAGUAGGAUCAAAUAGUAAAAUAUGAGACUUGGCCAGCAGUAUUGCCCCUAGCAAGUGUGAGUUCAUUGCUUAAAAACAGUGAAGUUAGAUUGGUAUCUUUAAGUUGCAAAGAAUUAGAAUUGAUUUUGACAUAGUUGCCGGAAUAUCAGAUUCAUAAAAAUGUCUGAAUAUCAAAUUCAUAAAAGUGUUACAGUACUUGAAGCUUGUUUCAAGUAAGCUACUUUACAAAUAAGAAAAACUGAUAUUUACUUAUCAGUUAGAACCGAUAACUCUAACACCACACCAUAAUAUUUCCAUAAGCAAGUCAGUCUGGCAUCAUUCCCUGUUUAAACCCACUCUUGUCUAAUAGGCAUAUAUCUUUUAGGAACUGCAAAAUGAGAGUAUUGUGCAGAUAUUUUUAGAAUUAAAACUUAAAUGAAAAGUGGCAAUCCCAUAAUAGAGAAAAAGUAAUUGUUGUUGCUGAACUUACUAGGCUCACUAUGGAGCAACAACAGUGUUCAAAACCAGUUAUGGUGGACCUCCAGUUUAAUUUUAACUAAGCAGAUCACCAAUUCUUUUAUCAUCGUUAUAGUAUUAAACCAUUUUUACAUCGCAGAUUGAUAUUGAAUGGUGAAUUCAGUUUGUUGCAAAUUUUACUAUCAUCACGUAAUUAUGUAUUUUUCAUAGUUUUCCUUCUUAUAAAUUGCAUAUAUGAACUUGGUUAUUUAACAUCAGUUGCAGUGAUCUCAUGUGAGGUUCAUCAAAUUUUUUUUUUAUUACAUUCUCAUUCCCAAGGUUCACUCAGGUACUAAGACUUGAACCCUCCACAUGUUUCUCAAGUACUCAAGUAGGCUCCUGCUGCCACUGGUACUAUUAUUGACAGUAUGGUACAUCUUCAGAUGUAACAUUUUGUUGAUUACACCCUUCUGCAAUCUUGGUAUUGAGUAGGUUGAAAUAACUUGUUAAUAUUAAAUUUUGUCUACAGAGAGGGAAAGCUUUUGUUGUGGUCAUUUUAAUGAAUUUUCCACAAAUAUUUUGAUAAUAUAAGAUACUAAUAAAGCUACAUAAGUGAAUUAUGCUCAAUUAUUACACUGUAUAAAUCACAAAAAGAUUUGUGACUCAUGGUGAAUUAAUUCAAAAGGGUUCAGCGAUUGUAAGGUUUGUAGUGUCAGGAUACUUUUGUGACAAAACUUUUCAAACUAAAAUCUUGUUCCGGGUGCUAGAGUAUCAAAAUUUUUCCUUGCUUUCAUGACUACGCUGUACUCUGAUCCCAGUAUGUGAGAGUUUUGUUUUCUUUGCUGGAUUUUUGUUUAGAUACUAUGUUUGUUAUAUUUAUGAAUUAGCGAGUGCCUUGCAGUCCGUUUGUAGGCUAUUUAUUUAGUGUUGUAGUCUUGCUGUCACAGUUCAUUCAUCACAGAAACCCACAGAAUUCAUUUCAUGUAUAUUCAUGAGAAGUAACACUUGAGUCAACUUUGUAAGUAAAAAUUUAGAAAAAUGGAAAAAUAUUGCUUCUUAUUCUUAGCUCAUGACAUGUAUGUGUGACUCAUGGUUGGUUUAUAACAACAUUUUCUUUGUUAGAAGUAGGCUUGCAUGCUCAGGAUUGCGUGUUUAAUAAUGAAAUAGCUUUCUUUUAUAUGAUGUAAUAUGAAACACUUCUGUAAGCAUUGAUAGCUUUUGUCUCAAGCAGAGUUCCAUCAUGUUCAUCCAUAUUUGAGUGGAAGUAUGAGUAGACUUUUUCAUUGCUGGUUUUAUGGAAAAGUUGAUGGAUUAGUCAUAAUUUUGUAAGCCAUGGAAUAGAUAUCAAAUGACAUGUCCAGCACUCUGAUAUAAUCUAUAUAUCGACUCUUUGGCUUAAAAAGUUUAUGAAGGUUAUGUUAUGCCUUUUGUUAUGGUGGCUCAUUAUGACAGUAUUUUUUAUUUGUUAAAUGGGGAGCUUGAGGUAGUCAUGCUAGAAGAAUUUAGUUUUAUUUGCAUUUCAUUGGCAUUUUUAGGGUCGACAAAUUUAAGAAAUAUUUGUUUGAAAUAAUUUUGAGCACAAGUGUAUUGAAAUUUCAAAGUGGUUAAUAUGGUAAUGCAUGGUAAGUGAAGCACUUUGAUUACUGCAGAAUAUCAUAGCUUCUUAAACAGAAUAUCUCAGCCAUCAAAAUAUACCAUAUAAAGUCACAUUAAUGAUGCAAUGAUUUUGAGUAAUUGUUAAUGGUUCUACUUUAUAUUUCUUGAAGGUAAUCCACAGUUUGACUUGAGACUGUUGCAGCCAACCUUUGUGUAUGGGUUUCUUGUUUCAUUUAGUAAGCUCACUUCUAUUUGUUUCUCUAAUUACUUUACUGUGUACGUUUUGGUGGUGGUGCAUCAUCUGCUUCAUUCCCCAUCCUUAGAGGUAUUCCCCACCUAUUUUAUCUCUUCACAGUAUUUUUUUUUUCAAACCUAAUCUGUUUCUUGAUCUGUCACCACUGAGUAAUUUACAUACAGAUGUCUUCAUUCUUUUGUCAACAGAGUCAUGUGAGCAUUUUUAAGUCCUUGUCUCGUUGCCAUCUAAGUAUUUUGAAAGUGUUGAAUGAAACUAGCAAUUAGUUUUUCUCAUAUUACAAUAUCUUUUCAUUGUUCUGAUUAGAAGCUUGAAAAGAGGCCUCUAUUUCUAUAGGUAAUGUUUCUAUAAAUAACAGAGUUACUGUUGCAGUGAACUAAUGGGAAAAGGUUCCAUUAUAGUUGGCCACUACUUUUCACAGAAACCCUGAUUUUGAUAACAUUAAUUUUCUCUGCUGAAAAGCUUAGGCAUUUUUGUCUUGGUUCUCUUUUCUAUCAUAUUCCUCCAAGAAGGGCAUCUGCCACUUUCUUCAGGGCCAAGUCUUGCUCAUUUUUCCAUUCUCUUAUUUACAUAAGUCUGGGGCUAAACAAGGGGAUUAAUUUCCUAUCUUGUUUUGAAGGGUUAUUUUUUGGCAAAUAUCAUAUAAAAAUAGAUCUUUUAAAAAAAGAAAUUUAAUUAUAUAUAAAAGUUUAAAUUUUUUGCAAUUUCAAAUAUUUUUCAUAGGAAGGGUGGGAAUAUUUUUUUAUGAAAAUAUCAUCCUGGAUUGAAUAUUGUGGCCAGUUUUAAAGAACUACUCACUAAAUCAAUUUAUAAAAGAGACCCAGAAUGCAAAUCACUUAGAAUAUUCUUAGAAAUAUCCAAAUUUAAAUUCAGCACCUUUUAGAUAAUAGAAACCACUGUGUAAAUUAAUUUCCUCCUGAGGAGUUUUCAGCAUUCUAUAAUGUCCAGACUUGCACUAUAUUGUUUGGCUGCAAGCUGUGCUGGUAGGCAGUCCCUGGUUAUCGGAGAUCUGGUUUUAUGGUGCUUAUUUAGCAACAUAAAAUUGGCGGUUUAUGCCGCCCUUAUGGUCAGAGUUCCGGUUAUUGGCACUGUAAGGGUUCUUAUGGGCGCUGUAAGGGUACUCAUGGUGCCGAUAACCGGCUAUCAGCGCCAUAAAUUGCCAAGUUUCAGUUAAUGGCGGUUUUCCCUUGUUGGCACACCCCGGGAACGGAACCCCCGCUGAUAACCAGGGACUGCCUUACUCAUAAAUAGUACAAUGCGACAUGAAGGUCCACACUUUAAUUUAUAGGGAUUAUUCCAAAUCCCUACCAGGUGUAGGAUUUGCAACCCUUUUACAUAGUGAAACAAAUUAAAUCUCCUUAAUAGUCUUGCCUCUGUUUUCAAAGCAAAACAUAGUGUAGUAAAGUCAGCACGUGGGAUUAUUAAAGAUAUGCUAGCUCUGAAAUUGUUAUUUUCUAUUUUCAGUGACUAGGGAAGUCUUGUAGAAGAGGCACAAAACUUGUUUAAAAUUCUAUUGUACAAUAAAUAAUGUUUUAAUUCUACAAACUGUAUGAGGUUUGUUGAAAUAACUUUGAUCCCAGGCCAUGUGAAUAGAAAGAGAAAUGAAGGUAAUGACUGAGCAAUCGAACUUGCAGCAACUAUGACCAGAUCAAAACUAGCCAGUCCCAUCCUCUGAAACUCAGUAUCUUUGGUAAAAGGAUGAUUUUAUUAAAUAGUUAAUCUUAUAACAAGUGAAAACAAAUCAUACCCAUCUCUGAAUAUAGCAUACUGCAGACCAAAGAGAUUGCUAUAUUGAAGUUACUUUAUUGCAUCAUUUUAUCUGUCACAGUUGUUUGACCCAUAGAUACAUAAUAGAAUUGUUUCUGUUUUGAAUUACCUUGCCUCUGUCUUUGGUUUUUUAACCACAAUAUUCUUUGGGUGUGUUAUGUAGUUGGAAUGUUAGUUUCUUCUCUAUUAUUUGGAACAGUGAUAUCCUGAGGAUAGGUAGAUUGGAUUUCUUAAGUAGAAUCACCUUUGUUUGACAUUUAACAGAGUGGAAUUAGCUAAUUUUAGAGUUGAUAUUUCUGCUUAAAUUAUUCCACUUCAGUGACAUCUCUUCAUAAAUGUUUUCAAAUCUAGUAUUUCCUUUAUCAGAAGAUGUAGUACCCUACUUUUGUUUACCUUUUGCAUAUUCUGCUUAAAUCCCUAUCUGGUCCAAGUGUUCAUCUUUGUCAUCCAUAAUCUUCUAGGCCUUCCCAUUGGUGGUUUAAUCCCUUUGGCAAAGAAUUGGACUCUGCUUGAUGGUGGAGGCUCUCAAAGCCUUCUUUUGUAAUAAGUUUUCCUUUGUAUGAUGCUUGUUAACUGUGAGUGAAAUAGCAAUUGAUUGAAUGUAGAUAGUAAAAACAAACAACUAAUUUCAUGUUCAUGGAACUAGCAAUAUACUGUAGUUCUAUCCUUGUUUUCCAUUUAUACAGCCAUGUUUAGUGUAGAACGUUGUUAUCAUUUCCUUUUAUGUAUCAUGUUUGCUUGAUAGGAAUAAAAUGUUAUUGUUUUGCUUGAAGAGCUGGGCUCAUGGAUUUCUUAAAAUCCUUUGUUAUCACUUUUUGGGCUACUUGGUCACUCAGAAUAUUUCUUUUCUAUUGUAUGUUAUGUGAAGCUUGUUUUACUCCACAGUAGAAGUUGUAAACAAGUCAAAUGAAUAAUGAUACACUGUACUUUGUAGUUUUCAUGCAUAAAAUUUCAUAGGAUCAGUAGCUAUGUCUGAGCUUAUUUCUAAAUUUUUAGUGUUUCCACACAAUUCUUUAAUGUCUUUUGCAACAUUUCCGGUUAGAUUUAGAACUAAUUAGGAAAGCCAUAUAGUUUUAUUAAUUUAUAUAUUAAAGCAUAAUGUAAGUAAACAAACUAAAGUAAAAGGUAAAUCAAGUAUAGUUGAGAAACUUGUAUAUUGGGAUAUUCAUAUCUUACAUAUAGUAUCAAAACCUUUGUUGUAAAGCUUUGUACACAAAAAGCAGCUAUCAUUCUGGCCAGUGUGACAAUGGAAAUGAAACUGAAGGAAUGUCACUUAUUAGAAUUUACUUUUUGGUGCUUUCAUGAUCACUUACAUUUGUAAUAUAAUGACUCGUUGGUUACAAAUAAAAUGACUUUUGAUAUGAUAUAAUGGAAAUUAUUUAUCCUGCUGUGGUUAUAUGUACAGCAAUUUAAUGCUAUAUUUAUAUUUUUUCAGUAAGGAAAAAAAGUCUCUAUCAUUAUGUGUAGAAGUACACAAGAACCACCGUAAUGAAGGUUUUUCAGAGAUUUAUGAUUGUGCCAUCAGUAAUCCUGGACCGUACUCAUUAAAAAAGACCUAACAUUUUCAUUUCUUAAUUUUGAUAGCAGUCACCUUCACAUUUCUUGUUUCUUAUUCAUUUAGCUGUCUAUGUUCUUAUCCACAUGUAACUGGAUAGUGGUUUUACCUUUUUUGUUGCAGUUGCCCUCUUGUUUGAGGUUAUAGGUUUAAGUGAAAUAAAAGGAUGCACAUUUAGGUACAAACGGACUUAUAUCUGUUUUCAAAGAAUUUGUGGAAGAAUUUGAAGUAACCGAUAAUUACUUCUUAAUGCUAAUUGCAAGGCUAUAAUGAAAAUUUCAGAAUAUAUUUCAUAGAGUCAUUUUUUAGGUAACCACUGUAGUCGAAUACAAGCAGGAAAUGAAUGCUUAGUGUUUUGUGUUGAUAGUUUGUGAAUAGUUUAGGUGUAGAUUGAAUAUUUGUAUGUUAUAAUUGAGAAAUUGUGUCUUUUUUCCAUUUGGGAUGGGAUACAUGUAAUUAUUAAUUGUAGACAGUGUUACUUCCUUUUUGGCUAUGCCAAGUUUGUAAUAUAACUUGAAUACUUUGUUUCUUGUGACUUUUUGAUGAUACAUUAAAACAGUUGACAUCAAGAACUUAUUUAAAUAAGUGAAGGAUUAUUUGAGGUAGAUGAGUGUCAUCAGUGCUGGUAUUAGAUUUUCUUCUGCUGUUUUCAAAUGUUGGGAAGGUGAAUGAUGAAGUUUAUCUGAAAAUUAAAACAAUAUGAUUUAGUUCUCUUCAUGAUUUUUCAUUUCAGGUUUAAUCUGUAGGGUUUGUGAUUUUGUUUUUCAUAAUUUGCUCAAUUCUCUACAGAUAAUUAUGCCACAGUUGAUUAACAUAAGUGAAAUUGAACUGAUAUUCAUUCAUUUUUCCAUUUGUCCCUAGAUCAAGAAAACUUUUAUAAUUAUGUUAAAGUUUAUUAUUGUUUAUAAAAGUACCUAAUGUGAGGUUACAUCUUAGAGCUUCUACAGAUUUUUCCAGCUUGUUAUUAACUUUGUUUUAUAUUCUCUGAAUACCCUGUCAUAUAAAGAUAUUUUAAAGCAGUUAUUGAGUAAUCUUCAAGAAUUUGCUUUCAUAAACUUUCAUUUGUAAAUUGGCUUGUUCAGUUGUUCAAUAUUGUAAAAGUUGCCCGCAGGAUUCCAAGAAGGUAAUUAUGAUUGCAGUCUAUUUUACUGAUUGCAUGCAAUAAACCUUAAUUUAAAAAUUGUGCUUGUGUUUUGAAAAGAUGUAUGGAGUCUUGACCAACAUUAGGAUUUCAUAGAACAAUAUACCAAGAGAUUUUAAUACUUAGUUUUCAUAAUGUUAUUUUUCUUUUUCCACAAUUUUAGCAAGAUCUUGUUUGAGUUGACUCUUAUGGAUGUAACCACCAAAAGAAUUUGAACUUAAGUUCCCUUUGAUUAUGGUAGAAGUGUUUUUGAAACUUGUUAAUUUUACAGUUGUAGUAAUCAUCAGGACAUUGACAUUCUUAAUUUUUAAGAUAAAUUUAGCCCAAAAUCAGGUGUUAAUGUUAAGAAAAAGUUCAAUGAAAUGUAGGUUUCAAUAUGGAAAGAAUAACUGGUUUGAUGAUAAUGGUACUGUAUAUAAGUUAAAAACUACCUACAAGAGUUUCAGUACCAGUAGUUUUAAGGUUUUGAGUGUACUCCUAAAGAAAAGUUUUUUUUUGAGUUAAUACUAUUUACUUGGUCAUUCAUUGUUGUACAUUCUAAAUGUUGUCAUGGUAGUUUUAGAUUAAAAAUUUUUCUCAUCAGUGCUUCAUUGCAGUGCAUCAUUUUGUUAUCAGUGUUAAUAACACCAGUUUACCUCAUAAUGCAGUCAUGGGUCUGUUUCAUGGAGGCUGACUUUUAAAGUUAGAAUUUCCAGUUAGCGUUUUAGUUUAUUGUAGUUUACACAUUUGGUUGUUUGCUUUUGCUGUUUCACAUAAUCCUAUAUUGGUGCAAGAAAACCUUGAACUGUAGAUCCAUGCAGUGUCAGUAGAAUUUGUAACUUCUGUACAGUUGGAAGGAAACAUUAACUAAUACUAUACCUGAUAAGAAUUUAAGGGUUCUCGAGUUUUGUUGUAGAACAAUUUUUAGACCUACAGUUUAAUGUAGUAUAUACCCUUUUAAUCUGGGAAGGUAUCAAUAAUAUCAUUGUUGUGGGUUUUACAAAUCGACCAAUGAUAAUCACCAGUAAUGCCCCGUGAAUAUUAUACAUUAAUAGCCACCCACAGUAUUUCAGCUUGAAGUGUUUAUGUCUAUCUAUGCUGUUUAAAUAUAUAUAUAUAUAAAUAGAUACAUAUAUAUAUAAAGUACUAUAUUGAUUAAUAAUGAUAGGUUAAUAUUUAUUUAUGUUAGUGGUAUUUCCAUAAGAUCAAUACAAAAAGAAAUGUUAGUAUACUGAUACUUGAAUAAUGUAUUGGAUAAGACAACCAUAUUGAUUAAGACAAGAUACUGUAUUUAUACUGUACUAAUUUAAUUGAGAAUUUUCAUACAUAAUCCCUGUGAGUCUUGUACAAAGGUAAAUUAAACGUCUGGAUAACCUUCGAUCGUCAUUGACUUAAUAUAAAAGAAAAAUAUAUAUAUAUUUUUUACUUUU